UUCGUGUGGUCUGAUGUUGAUGCUUUGGCUAGGUUAGAGAGGCGUGACGUUUAAUGCUAGAUUUGCACAGAGGACAUUAGCCUUCAUCUCUUCUACCGCUGCAAUUUACCUUUAAAACCGGGGAAGGGGUUUCAAAUUCAAUCUUUUAGAUGCCACGGAGCACAAGUAUGAGGGAACUCUAUCAUACAACUUAAAAGCUGGUUGAGAGAUGUCUGAAAGCUCCAGUGACACGGAGUCGUCCUGUGGAUGGACAGUCAUUAGUAAUGAGGGUUCGGAUAUUGAGACGCUGGGGCCGGAUAACACUGGAGAGUGUGAGGAUAGAGCAGUUAGCUGUGUUCCGGACAUACCUGAUGACGAGCGGGUUGAGGAAAGUUUGGUAGAGACUUCUUUGGACCUCACACUAAGAGAGGAGACAACAACGAAGGAGGUACCCACCCAAAAGGCCGGAGAUAAUGUGGGUGGGGAAGAACAUGUGAUUCUUUGCUCCUCCAGUGAGAACUCUGACAUCCUAACCCUGCCAGACUCUUGUGAGACGGAGAUUGAUGCAUGGAAGGAGCCUGUUGCCAAGGAGGCAAAGGAAGCAGGAAGUGACGAGUUCUAUCUCGGAAGCUCAUCGAGCAGCCAGUAUACUUUUAGAGAGUCUGAUACAACAGACUGGUGUUGGAGUGGAUGGGGAUUUUCCAGGACACUGUGGGAAUAUGGCAGCCAGCUUCACAGCUCUCUCUCUUUCUCAGUUUUCCCAGUGGAUCAGCUUGUGCAGCGAGACGGUAAUACCAGCAGCAGUGAGGAAGAGGAGGAUGAGAUGAAGGCAAGCCCUGUGGUAAGGAGACGCAGAGUAAGGAGGAGCACCACCGGCUCAGAGCCUGGAGAUCCGCAGGAGCCCCACAGGAGACAGGAGGUUGUUGAAGAUAUACAAGCCCAUCCGGAUGGCCGCACUGCUCCGCAAGAUCAAGGUCAUGUCAGCGGCACUCUGAACAAAUGCAUCCUGUUAGCGUUGCUCAUCGCCACCAGCAUGGGCUUCGGGCACUUCUACGGCACAAUGCAGGUUCAGGAGAGGCUGAGGAUUGUGGAAAAGAGCCGCAUGAAUGAGCUGGAAGUGCCGUCCAAGAGAGAACUGGCCAUUGACAUGGUUGAAAACCUAAGAGAAAAUCUAGAAGAAAAGCAAGACAUGGUGCUGUCCCUCACAAGCAUAAUGGACAAGAUAACUAAAGAAAACCAGAAUCUCAGAGGCAAACUGGAAGAGCUACAGGCCCAAAGACGAGAUUUAUAUGAGCAACUGACGCAGACUAAGAGUGAGAUGGAAUCUCGGCAAAAAGACCUGACCAUGGAGAACCAGGACCUUAAAAUCACUCUCGAGCGAGAAGAGGCAUCUCUCUCGGCCCUGAAGGAGGAACUGAGGUACCUGCGGGGACAGAUCCAAGAGCUGGAGGAGAGAGGAGCCGGGACCGACUCAAUCCUGUCCGAGAACCAGCGACUGAAGGGCUACUUGCAGGAGGAGAAACAGAAAUUACGCAACUUCAUGAGCCAAAGGGAAGCACUGGUGGCAGAGGCUCAGGUGUUGCGGAAAGAGCUCGAUAAAGAGCGGAGGACAACGGACAAGCUGAAGGAGGAACUGGAGGAAUUGAGUCUGAAAGAGGAGGAUGUUGAGGGCAAGACACAUCCCGAGACCGAAGAACUGCAGGCUCAACUUCAGGAGCUCGAAAACAAGUUGAAGUUUGAGCAGCAGCGCUCUGAUCUUUGGGAGAGACUGUACGUGGAGUCGAAGGUGGAGAGAGCCAAGGGGGACAGGGACGUAAAGACCAAGGAUGGGAUGCUAGGACAGGUGAAAGAAACGUUUGAUGCUGUGAAGAAUUCCACCAAAAAGUUUGUGCACCAUCAAAAGGAACAGAUCAAGAAGGCCAAAGAGGCGGUUAAGGAAAAUCUACGGAAGUUUUCUGACUCUGUUAAAUCCACGUUCAGGCAUUUUAAAGAGUCCGCCUCAAACGUGUUCAACCAUGAAAAGAGGUUUCAAGCCAGGAAACCCGAGCAUCAAACGUUUCAGCAAGAGCAAGGAAACAAACGUGCCGAAGAUUGGCAGCCUCAGAAACCUUUACACCGACAUCCUCGCAAAUCGACCAUCGACUCUUUCUUUCACACUGAUCGCAACACACGCAAACCUGGUAAUCAGAAAGCCUACACUACUAUGGGUCAGAAAAUGCCACUCAAAGGCUGUUCAGGUGUUUUUGACUGUGCAUAUCAGGAGUCGAUGAGUCUGUUCAAUAAGGCAAUAGACCCCAUUCGUGCGGAUGAGUUUAACAAACUUUUGCGCAGUUAUUUGUAUAAAGAAGUCAGCCAUUUCCACCACUGGAGAGAGCUGGAGAGCUUCAUCAAUAAUUUCUUCCAUAACGGCGUCUUCAUCCACGACCAGAUGCUGUUUACGGACUUUGUUAGUGGCGUUGAGGAUUAUCUUGAAGAAAUGGAUGAAUAUCACAGUCUCAGUGAUGAUGUGUUUGAGGAUCUGGACGACUACAUAUACCGGCACAUUUUUGGAGAUACGUACUUAAAAUACUUUGGGCCAAGUCGUCCCUUCAAAGUGCCAGAGUCGAAGGGUAAAGCAUGGGGUCAUUGUCAGAGGCGACAGAGGAAGCACCAGCAGCCACGACCUCGGCCUCAGAGAACGAAGAAAUGGAGCCAAUCAGAACGCGACCCCAAUCGGCAGUUCACAGAUGUCAAAAUAGAGCUGGGUCCCAUGCCCUUCGAUCCCAAAUAUUAACAGAAACAUUUUAGUUCUUUGUAAUGUUGCUCCUUUUGCAAUUUGUUGUAUCUUGGAGGAGAUUUAAUAAUGCUCUGGACUUUUGCACAUGUAAAAUACUGUUCUAAUGCUGGUUGAAUGAUUCGAGUGGGUUUCUCUUUCUGCACUACAGUGAUGCCAGAGUCUCAAAGUUAGAGAAAAGUUUAGAAUUUAUUAUAGGUAUUUUUGAGGCAGAUUUUUGUUCCCCAAUCAUUUAGGAAAAAGUCAUUUAGUAAAUUAUUGAAAAUCAUUUUGAACACGUAACAAGUGGGUAAAUUAUUUUGAUUUGGGCUAGAAACCAAAAAGCACUUUGUAUUGCAUCAUGUUAAAUGGUUCAUAACAAUGGUUUUCUAAACAAAAAACCUUGUGUUCCAGUUUGCUUAAGACAAAAUAACCAAUCAAAAUAAAUUAUAUUGAAAAACAAGGUCAGAUGUUUAGAUGUAAAAUAAUAAUUUAAGGAUUACGCAGCAUUAUAUGGGUAACUUUGAAGUGGUCUGGUUUGACUGGUUGUUGCGGAGCUGUUUUAUUUGACCAUGCUAAUCAGUUGUUAGUUCCCAGUUCCCCCUCUUUUUUGUGAGGUUAUUGGCUAAGUAACAUUCCUUGUUUUGAAACAGAUGUAAGAUGCACUAGCCAUCUGCUCUAAUGUUAUUGAACAUAAAUGCACUUAACUGCUUAAUGUUGCACUUAAACUGUAGAAUAAAAGUAUUUCUAUGCUUCACUGGUAA